CGAUCUUUAACCCGGUCGCACCCUUAACCAUCUGUGAGUGCCACCAUUGCCCAUUGGAUCUUACUGUAGGAUAUGAUGGAAGGUUGCAGAACUGGCUGGAAAGGCUAUAGCUGAAGAUGGACUCAGCUUGAAGUAACCAACCACAGAACGAUGGCGAUGCUUAUUGUGACCGCACUUAUCUUGGUGCAUUUCGUCCACGCCCAAGUUAACUGGACACCUAUAUACGUUGAUGGCAAAAACCAAGUGGACAUGUGGACAGCCAAGACCAAGGGCUGCAGAUGCGGUUUUGACUCUUCUCGUCAAGACUGCGCGUGCUGUGUCAAGGACGGAGGUUGCCAAUGCGGUGCCGACUCCCCUAACCGCUGCGGACAGUGUGGUCUGCAAGACCAUUGCACUAGCAUGUGCAACAUAACUCUAGAUGCUAGAAUCCUUUUGGCCAAGUCCGGCAAGACGUACGGUCAGAUAAAGUCGCCCAGUGUGGAAGGUCCGGCCUUCUGUUGGUACAGACUGUUACCAGACUCUGGACAGAGAGUUGAGAUACAGAUAUACAGACUCGUCAACACCGGCAGGUUCAACGGAACUGGUUGUGAGUCCGGCUUCCUACAGCUAGUGGACGGAACAGAAUCAAUACCAAGAUUGACUGAGACGCAGAUUUGUGGAGGCAAUGAUCGCUAUUCCCCACCAGUCGUGCUGUUUGGCGACAAAGGACCGGCCUCUCUCGUGUUCUACAUCAGUGAGCCUACAGUAAGGUCGCAGUUUUUGGCCUACUACAGCUUCACCGCAGCCAACAACACCCAGGGAGUCGGCUUCCACCCUCGCGGAGGUCGCAGAGUUGAAAACACAGAAUGUGAUUGGUUGUACCAGGAUUUCUCCUGUAAGGAGCCUGACUCUUGCCGUCUCGCUAGUCCAGGAUAUCCUGGAGUCUACAGUCCCAAUAGAGUCUGCAAAUUCCUCAUCACUACCAGCUCUAUACAUACGAACGUCAAGAUCAAGUUCACCGUGAUGAACCUGCCUCAUAGUCAAUGUAACACUGACAACGUCAGCAUCUAUCAGGGGUCGACGACAACCAGCACUUUACUCAACACCAUCUGUGGCAACAAGAAACAGGAGCUUGUUUUCUCCGGACCUAGCCUUCUAAUAGCUUUUAAGUCAGGACCUUCUUCACCUCCAUAUGAUUAUAACGGCUUCCUGGCCUCUCUAGAGUUUUGGGACAAAGUUCCAACUACUACUUCUACAGAGGCUCCAGCCAUAGGUGUGUCUGUCAAAACCACUGAACAAACGAUAAUGAGUGAUGGUUCUCAACAAGCCGGGGAGAAGCCUGUCUGCCAGACGGUGUUUUACAGCAACUCCUCCAAGUCAGGACAUUUCGACUCCAGGACCUUGUCCAAGGACUUUCAUCCCAACUGCUCAUUCCUGUUCCUGGGCGAUCGGGAUGAGGUAGUUCACGUGUCACUGUUCAACUACAAACUCAAAUCACUAUCCUGCCAGUCGUGGAUUGAAAGCUACGAUGGAGUGUCGACGGAUCUAAAACCAACGUCGAGAAUCUGCAGUCCCCUUACGAGACAUGCUAGGGACCCUACAGGAAAGUUCCAGUCCCAACAGAUGUUCGUUUCCACUGGCAACUCUUUAUUGCUGUUGCUGAGGAGAAUGCCGCCGCAAUCUGGCGCUUCUGAAGAGUUCCUGGAUGGGGCCUUCCACUUUCACAAUGAACAUGUCCAAGGCACCCUCCAGCCGGACACCCUCUGCACAACUGACUACUACGGGCUCAGCAGCAGUCCACGUGGUCACGUGACAGGUCCUGGUCAGGAACACAUCUUCUGGAACGUGGACGGCCGCCUACAGUGUUCCCAGAGGUUCAUCCCUGCAGUCAACCAAAGUGUGUCUCUACAGGUGACAAUGAUCGGCUUGUCAGCUGACACCAACUGUCAUACAGAAUGCGGUGACAGUAGCUGUCGAUGCGUCUUUACCAAUAAGCAGCUUUCUGAGAUAAAUCAUCUAAAAUUGGAAGCCGAGGGUGGCUUGGUUGUAGCCUGCCUUUGUGGGGAUUUCCAGCAGUUAUGGCUGCCUGUAGGACUACGCAGCUGGUCUCCCAUUAAGCUUGUGUACAACGUAGCCCACUACAGCUGGGAGACGAAAGGGUUCCAGUACUCUGCUGACUACAAGUUCAUAACUGACUCCUAUUGUGGCCACCACACCACUACCCAACAUUCAGGUUUCAUAGAGUCAGGAAACUUAACUGAGACCGGUCAAUUAAACCAUUUCUUCCACCAAACCUGCACUUGGCUGCUAGACGCCUACGUAGAAAGACAGCUGACCAUACAGUUUGCAAGCAAUCAAAAUCGCCCGUGCUCGGCCUGGAACCUGACUGUACACAAGUACGCCGAAGAGAACUCAGAACGAACUGGAGAAAUGUUGACGCACUUCUGUCCACGUCACAAGGUGGCCAACUUUUCCACCGAGUACGGACUCAAUAUCGUGGUCAUUAAACUCACUGCCAUGUCGUCCAUCCCGCCCGAGUUCCAAAUCAAAUGGCGAUCGCAGGUGGCUCGAGCCAGCACUCGCACGGUCGUGUCAGUCCCCGUGACAGCGUCACGCGCGACACGUCACCUCUACGUGACACCAAGCGUCACCAUGGCUACCGUAACGCUCUUUGUGCUCAGUGUGACUCUAAGAUGAACCCUCCCUCUACCAGACUGUACAUAAUGUAUUUUCUAAGCAUUGGUCUACGAUUUAAAACAUAUCGUGGUGUUUUCCAAGAGACUGUUGGAGCUUAGGCGCUGAAUGAAAAGUGUUAUAAGAUAGUGUUAUAAGAUUUGAUAAGGGGUGUGGAAUAGUCAAACAUUGUUAUCGGGGAAGACAGUGUUCUGCCUGAGCGUAAUGGCUGUGGAAGGUGUGCGUUGAGAAGAUAGACAUUGAAAGCAACCAAGCGCUUCGUAAUAUUUAUAGGUUCAUUGUAAACUAGUAUGGGCCUUUCCUAACCUAACGGCCAAUAUGAUGAAAUUACUGAGACUGCUUAAAACUUCAGUUCAAAACACAAUUUUAAAGUUAUUUAAUUGAACGUAAUUAAUCGGCCUACUAAUAAUAAUGAAAUGUGCUUAGAAACAUUUGGGUAACUAAAUGAAGUUUAUUAAUAAUAAUAAGGUUAAAAUUUUGUAAUAGCAAAAAAAGGAGAAAUGAAUAAUUUACACUUCCUUUUAAGAUUUUUUACACUAGUUAUAAACUAAAAAGUCGACAGAGAAAAUUCGAAAAUACUUUAAUCCUUUUGAGUAUUGCCUGAGCAGAAUUAAUUAAAUACAGUAAUUUCUUCAUCACCUUUAACCAUGCUCAAACAUUUUUCACCUUCGUUUCCUCAUAAUCUUCGUCCAUAAGCGCACAUUUAUUUUUACAUUAAAUGUUACAUGUGAUGUUUCCUGUAAGUGGUGGACAUACUGUAGUCAUGAUGGUGCUAAAUAGGGUAGGCUAGACUAGGUGCUAAAUUCCACAGGACUGCUGAUAAGCUUCUGUUCAUGUUUAAUGUUGAGGACUUUAGGUAAACCCUUUGUUAACCUUUGUCAAUUUUGUUUCAAAUGUACAAAAACGA